GGCAUUGAGGCCCAGUGCGCCGUGACGAGCGGGAAAGCACAGCAUUAGGAAGAUAUCUCCACUAUCAAUACUCCCUUUCUCGCUAAUGGAGGGCUAUAAUUUGGCCAGCCAGGGAGCACGCAGGGCACUCCCGCGGACAUGGGAAGACCUGUCCGAUCGCAGACCACUGCCGAUCCAUUUCGUACUUCUUCCAUCGCGGCGUGCGUGGGGCUCGCAGGGCCGGGCCAAUAGCAAAAUUGGUGCGCAACAACAGCAGCUUCUCACACCAGCAUGGGCAUGCUACAUUCCUGCUCGAAUAGAUGCUGCAUACUCAAGUGCACCGUCCACUCCACACAAGGAAGGCUCCCCAGACUCCAGAGGGACCACUAUAUUCCGCCUACUUGAUCCUGAGUUCCGAGAGCCCUUCGUAUCCUUCGGAGCCCUCUGCCAGGCAUCUGGGGAGACGGUAGUAGAAGGACUCGUAAAGUUCGCAGACGUACUCUGCCAGCCCGUUCAGAGUUUUGCCGCACAACAACACUACCCAGCUCCAAGGCAGAACGCUGCUAGUACCAGCGGCGCAAGCACGCCAAGGGUGCGGCGGCUCUCUUCCGGUGCUUCCCUUCUCGAUCUCUCGCUUGCUGGUCUGGAACCAUGCACCGAGUUAUGGAUACCACUGGCAGCGGCCCGUAGGGUAGCUUCUACAUAUGGUAUGCUCGAAAAGCUGGCAUUACUGCUAGGCUGGAACACCAGGCAUGCCUGGAGCUUGGACGAAGGCGAUGCAGGCGUCAUUCACAACUGGCGCCUUCAAUCAAGUCUUCUUCCACCGGCUACGUAUAGCCUCUCCUCGCUCCUGCUCACAGCUAUCUGUGGUCCAGCGCCGAUCCAGAUUCUUACCCGCGGUACUCAAGUGCGAACAUUGAUCAGUACAGAGGAGAGGGCUAGUUUGGUGCAAAGAUGGCGGCCUAUUGUUCCUGUUCGCAGCAGCUCCAACAAGGGCAUCUCUAUGAAUGAGCACGGGGACGUUCGAAUGAGCCUACCAGACGAUAAUCAACAAAUGCUCAUGCGCUGGAGCGUGCGCGCUCUUGACAAUCUGGGCGAUUGCGAAGAAAACCUGUCUUCUCUCCUCCAAUGGGAGCGUGGAAAGGCGCAAAUGGAUGCGAUGGUGAAGUCCAACUCAGUUCCGGGUACCACUGGGGACAUUCCGAGCGUAGCAGAGUCUCUGUUCGGCCGCACCAAUGUGCGACUCGCUCCGAACACCGCAUCUGUGUUGCUCCUUCUCCGAGAUUUGGCCCACCGUUUGCGUGGCGACGAGGAGCAUGUCCAGGAUGUCUCCCCGAAUAGUCUCUCAAUUUCUGAAGGGGCUAUCGUCUUGACCGAGCAAGAGCUGGCUUUGCUUGCUGGUGUAGCAAUUGGUGAGCUCGAGGCGUCUAAGGAGAAUGUCGCCCAAACGAUCCAGCAUGCUAGAAUGGACGUAUGCCGCGGUAAAGCAAGAGUGAUUCUCGUCCAUUACCUUUCAAUUCUGACGGAAUGGCAAAGUCGCAUCCCGGGGGAUGGGUUCCUGCAUCCUAGCCAACACCCGCAAGAGAGGGUUAAACACGCGGUACCGACUCCGAAUCGCAGCGGAAAUGACAAGGAUGAUAGCACUUCACUGUCCAGCGCUGCCUUUGAGAACCGCAUGGAACGAGUGGAGCGUUCGAUUCAGAGGAUCGAGUCUAUAUUGCAGUUAGUGGCGAGUAGGACAGAGCCGGAAAGGAACAGGUCCACCGUCGCUGCGACGAAAGGUGUACUUCUAAGCAUUCCGGCAGAGCCCAUCUAGUGGUCCUCAGGAAUGACAACCACAAUCAAAACGAAACCCCCAACAGCACCGAUGCACUUGAAAAUACCAGCCAGCCUUUACUGGAGAACCAUAGCUGCGCGCAGGAGGAAGGAGAAAGCAAUUCAAAUAUACCAAGCGCGGAAGGCAACAACCUACACAUCCAUGCAGUCAAUGA